UUCAGACGAGACAAAUUUAUACACAGCUAAUGUUGGGGGUCAUUCAUUAAUUGAGAAGGUGCGCAUAAAACCAAGUAUAAAACUUGCUUAUUUUCAAAGGGGUAGUCCACUAAGGUUAAGUACCACGAGUGCUUAUUGAAUGUAUAUAUAAUUUUUAAGCAAUGUUUUCACCUAAAGUUAAAACGAUAACAAUAACUGCUGUAAUAAUCCCAAUAAACUGGGAGUUAUCAACAUGUUUCAAGGUUGCUGGUUGCUCAUUCUUCGCACUCUUCAUAUCGGACUCCAUGACAACAGCUGUCUUUCAAACACAAACGCAAAAUCACAAGCGAAGCGAGAACUAAUUUCUCGUUCAGGACUUGAUUCACUUCCGCGAGAACAUUGCGAACGAUAAUACGAAUCCACGAGCGGAAUGGCCUCCAGAGAGUAUAUAAUGGCUUUUCGAAAUACCAGCGUGAUACCAACAAGAUACUAGCGUGUGCCCGCGUGUGCCGAAUCGGGAUAUGGAUGGGUAUGGGGUAGGCAGCACGUGGGUAACGCGUUUAGCACGUUUGUUGCAAGUGUGUGAGUGACCAAUGUUUCCGGCAGGUUCACCCAGAGCUUUGGCUGAACAUGAAAGUUGUUUUAUGUUCAUUAAUAGUAUUUGUCAGUCAGCAGCCUCGCUGUCCACGUCAGUGAGAUCUGAGCUGGUGUAAGUGUUCUGUGUACAUUGGUGUUAUAGAGACCUGGCCGGAGGUAUGCGGAUGCGUGCUCAUCGGUGCCUUUGCACUUUGAUAAUUACUGGUUGAAUGUCAAUUUGUUGAAAGUAUAUAGACAUGAUGGCAAGUGUUGAAAAUGUGUAUACUUCGUGUUCAUGUAACAGAACACCGCAUUCUGUGGAUUGGGGAGUAAAUGAUUUAGUGUGUUUCGGAACAUCCCAUGCAGUAGCAAUUUAUUCCCCUAAGAGUCGAGUUGCUGUCACGCGGACUCUAUACUCUCAUAAAUCGCGGGUGAACUCUGUCAGGUGGAUUAGAAAAUAUGACGGUUCUGCUGAAACAGAAUUCAUAUCUUGUUCGUGUGAUAGAACUGCAGUUAUAUGGACACAGAAUGCAAAUUGUGAUUUUAUUCCCACUGCUGUGCUUGAAGGACAUGAAGAUUCCAUUACUGUUGUUGAUGGAAUAUAUAUGUCAAGUUGUGUUGAUGAUCGAAUGACAACCCCAAGCCAGUUACUAGCUGUGACAGGAUCUAUUGAUUCAAAUAUUAAAGUAUGGAUGAGAGAGAAAGGAGAGACUCAGUUAAAUUGUUACCAAACUAUUAAUUUGGGCAGAGGAUUUUCUUUGUGUGUACAUCUUGCUCAUCUCUUCGAAAGUACAGAUAUACUGUUAUUGUGUGCAACUGAUGAUUCAAAAGUACACAUAUAUGUAUCAAAUUUGAAAGAUAAGUUUAUGAAAGUUCACUCUUUGAUGGGGCAUGAAGACUGGGUUCGUGCAUUGGAUAUUACUAAAUAUGAUUCUAGCAGAUUACUCAUAGCCACAGGUUCUCAAGACAGUAUGAUUCGUUUGUGGCAAUUGACUGUUAGAGAUAGUGCAACAAAAGAGCAAACUCUUUCUUUAAAUGAAGAUAUCCAACCUGAAAAAGAAGAGUUCUGUGUGAAGGGCAAAACCUUUGCUGUUACUAUGGAGUCUGUAUUAACAGGCCAUGAUGGUUGGAUUUAUAGUGUUCGCUGGCAUGUAUCCAAUGGGGACUGUACCACAGUGAAGUUACUCUCAGCAUCCCUUGACAAAAGUAUAAUUGUGUGGUCACCUGAUCUUCAGACCGGCUUAUGGUUAGAGAACAUGCGAGUAGGAGAUAUGGGUGGAAAUACUCUUGGUUUUUAUGGUGGUUUGUUUUCCCCUGAUGGAUUGAGUAUACUUGGCCAUGGCUAUCAAGGAUCUUUUCAUUUGUGGACCCUCUGUCCUGAUAAUAAAGUAUGGGAACCAAAAGUGACAAUUGGUGGGCACUUUGAAGAAGUUGUAGAUCUACAAUGGGAACCUGGUGGCAGAUAUGUUCUGUCUGUGAGCAAGGACCAAACCACACGCCUGCAUGCUCCCUGGGUUCAUGGAAAUAAUAAGGUUACUUGGCAUGAAAUUGCUAGACCUCAGAUACAUGGUUUUGAUAUGUCAUGUAUUGCAAUUCUCUCUCUAAACAAAUUUGCCUCUGGGGCUGAAGAGAAAGUCAUUCGUGCUUUUCAGGCUCCUAAUAAUUUUCUGGAAAAUUUCCAAAGAUUGUGCAAAGUGGAACUCAGUGGCUUGAAACCAGUGAACACUCCAAGAGGUGCAUCGGUCCCAGCUUUGGGUUUAUCAAACAAAGCCGUGUAUGAAGAUGAAGAACUUCCAACAGAACGGCAUGUUAAAGAUGAAUUUCCUGCUGCUUAUUUUGUUCCUCUUGAAUUAAAAGAACCUCCCACAGAGGAGCAUUUGAUGCAGAAUACAUUAUGGCCUGAAAUACAGAAAUUGUAUGGUCAUGGGUAUGAGAUUUUCUCUCUUGCUGCACAUCCCAGUGGUUCCCUUCUUGCCUCAGCAUGCAAAGCUACAAAUGUGGAACAUGCAGCGAUAAUUCUCUGGAACACUUCUAGUUGGCAGCAACAGCAAUCGCUUAUAUCUCAUCAGCUAACAGUCACACAGUUAUCAUUUUCUCCUGAUGGGAAGUAUUUAUUAUCUGUGUCAAGAGAUCGACUUUGGACUUUAUUUCGAGAUUCAGAAACUGGUUUUGAAUUGAUUUCGAAAACAAAUAACAAGACAGGUCUUCAUUCUCGUAUUAUUUGGACUUGUGCAUGGAGUGCAGAUUCAAAAUAUUUUGCAACAGGAUCACGAGAUGGCAAAUUAUGUAUUUGGAAACCAGAAAUUGGAGAACCAAAAAACAUGUGUGUGCUUGAACUAAAAGGAUCUUCAAUCACUGCAGUUGCGUUUCAGCCAAACACAACUGAUCAAAAGUAUUUGUUGGCUAUUGGAUUAGAAACUGGAGAUAUAAUUUUGUACUGUUGGUUUCUCACCUCUGCAGUGUUGGAAAAGGUACAUCAAUUGGACAGAAAUAAUGCACAUCAUCUGGCAGUCAAGCGUGUAGCAUUUCAUCCCCUGGAUGGAUCACUCCUGGCAAGUUGUGGUGUUGAUUGUUGUGUGAAGAUUUAUAAGUUGUGUGAAUGUUGAACUUGCUUGUAAUAAAAUAUUUUAUAGAAAUGUAUGGUGUUUUCAAUAACAUUUUACUGUUAAUUUUUGGCCUUUUGUUGGACAUUAGAAUGUGAAUACACAUAUUGUUUGUCAGUUGUAAAACAUUGUUCUAAUUUUUUUUACAUUCUUUUCAAUACAUUUUUCAAACAUUAGAAAAUAAAUUUAACAUCAAUUUAUAUUAUUUUGAAACAACACACAUCUUUUUACUAAUCAAACUUGUAUGUAAUGCUUUCAAAUUCAUUCCAAAUAUUAUCAUCAUUCCUUAUCAUAACAUAUUGUAAUAUAAUUUCCUUUUAAAUCUGACACAAACUGAAUGGUAUAACACCGGCCAUUCAGUUCACUUUCGGAUUGCAACUCUCCACAAUAAGAAAAUAAAAGAAAUUGUGCAAAUUCUUUAAUGCAUU